UCAGACUGCUGGACCCCCGGGCACCCCCAGCCUCCCCAAACCCACAACUGGAGCCUGGGACCUCUUGUCCUCUCCCAGGGGGACCCCCAGCCUCCACCCUGGAUCUCUGGGCUUCACCUCCAGACCCUCAAACCUCCACUCCUGGAUCCCCAGCCAACCUUCAGCCUUCUACCUUGCUCCCGCACAUCCCCAACUGGACCCCUAGAAUCCCAAUCUCUCAUCCGUCCCCUGCCAACCUCCACUCCCAGCAUCCUCAGACCCUCACCCACCCCCAGACAUUCCCUACUGGACAUCUCCCCUGGGUGUCCCCUACUCUCUCCCCCAGUCCUUCAUCAUCCCCAAUCAUUUUCUCCCUAAUCCCUUUUCACCUCCAAAUCCUUGUCACUCCCCAUAGCCCAUCCCAACUCCCCUGCAUCCCUUAUCUCUCAAACAUCAUAUAAUCCUUGGUCAUAACCCUUCAUAAUCCCUCCAUCACCUGCGCACCAAUGUUAUCUCCCAUUCCCAUCAUUGCUGUCCCCAACCAUCCCAGCUCAAUAUAAUCCACUAUAUAAUUCCUAACACCCAUCACUCCGCUGUUCCCUACACUCCCAUCGUACCAGUCCCCCCAGUUCCACAUCCACUUUGUCUCAUCAGUCUCCCACCAUCUCAACCCUGCAUCAAUCCCACAGAUCAUCUCUAGGCACUUUCAGUCUCUGGUCCCUCUCUAUUAUCCCUUGAAAUCCAAACCCUUGAACCUCUAUCUUUCCCAAGUCCCUAUAACCUCCUGGCCAUCCACCCAAAUCCUAUACCCUCCAGUCUUCUAGCUUCCCUGUACCCACAUAUCCUUUUUCUAACUCCCAGUCGGCAUGACCUCCAGCCUAUUGAGAAGUCUGCCACCAACUCUCUCUGUUGGUGCUUGCUUUUAAUUAUUUUGCCUGUGUCUGCUUCUUCUGUUUCCUCAACUUCUCCAUUCACAAGCAGCAUGUGGGAUGGGCUCAUGCUGGUGAACUGAUUCGUGAAGAAGGAGGCGUUGUCUCACCAAGCCCAGCCCAUGCCACAUAAACAUAUGCUGGAAACUUCCCCUGCUCUUAGUGAGGAGGGAGACAGGCUGGGAUGCUUCAAGUGUCUGUUUUUAACCUACUUUUAUAUGUCUCAGAAAUGAUAUUGUUUAUAAUAGCCUUGCUAUUUGGGAUGUUCUCUCACCUGGGGUGUAAUUUGAGCUAAACAGGUGUGAAAUUGCUAGUGUUUGGAUGAGAGACCUGCACAGAAAACAGAUGCUGCAGGAAUAGGUAAUGGUCGUUAAGUAAGUGGCACUUUUCCUACUGCUGCUGCAGACGCCAUCUUUUGUUUUAUUUUUGGCACAUUGGACCAGUUUUCAUAGUGCAGGCUGGCUCUGCAGCACAUGUGUGGGCGUCAAACUUAGCUGCAUAGUUAAUACAUGUCUCUCUUAAAGUGCACAGUGAAUAAAAAACAGGAUGUUGCUGUCACAGUGCCCAGGCUGGAAGCAAACCAAGGAUAUCAGGGGAUUUCCUUGCCUGUUUGUUUAAACUGUUUAGACCAACAUGUCCAUCAAUCUCCAGACAGAGUGGCUUUGAUCUGGGAGAAAGAUGAGCCUGGCACUGAAGUGAAAAUCACAUACAGGGAACUUCUGGACAUGACCUGCCGUCUGGCCAACACACUGAAGAAAUAUGGAGUACAAAAAGGGGACAGAGUUGCAAUCUAUAUGCCUGUGACUCCAAUGGCUGUGGCUGCCAUGUUGGCUUGUGCCAGAAUUGGUGCUAUUCAUACAGUGGUCUUUGCUGGAUUCAGUGCAGAAUCUUUAGCUGGGAGGAUCAUUGAUUCUGGCUGCAAAGCUGUCAUUACCUACAACCAGGGAGUCAGGGGAGGACGAGCUGUAGAGCUGAAGAAGACUGUGGAUGAAGCUGUAAAGAAUUGUCCAAGUAUCAAGCAUGUCUUCGUGGCUCAAAGAACAGACAGCACAGUCCACAUGGGUAAUCGUGACAUUCCUCUUGAAGAAGAGAUGGCCAAGGAGGCUCCUGUGUGUGCUCCUGAAAGUAUGGACAGUGAAGACAUGCUCUUCAUGCUUUACACCUCCGGGAGCACAGGAAAACCCAAAGGGAUUGUUCACACUCAGGCUGGGUAUCUGCUUUAUGCUGCUGUGACACACAAGCAUGUGUUUGACUACCAGCAAGGCGAUGUUUUUGGUUGUGUGGCUGAUAUUGGCUGGAUCACAGGACAUAGCUAUGUUGUAUAUGGACCACUCUGUAAUGGAGGCACCUCUGUCCUGUUUGAAAGCACUCCACUGUAUCCUGACCCAGGUCGUUAUUGGGAAACUGUGCAGAGGUUAAAAAUUAAUCAGUUUUACGGUGCACCUACUGCUGUACGCCUGCUGCUGAAGUAUGGAGAUAAGUGGGUGAAGAAGUAUGACAGAUCUUCCUUAAAAACCCUGGGAUCAGUGGGAGAACCAAUUAACCAUGAAGCUUGGCAAUGGUUCUACAAUAUAGUGGGAGACAGCCGGUGCACCCUUGUUGACACCUGGUGGCAAACAGAAACAGGCGGCAUCUGCAUUGCUCCCCGGCCCUCGGAGGAAGGAGCUGACGUCAUUCCUGCUAUGGCAAUGAGACCGUUCUUUGGGAUUAUACCCGCACUGAUGGAUGAGAACGGAAGAGUUAUAGAAGGAAAUGAUGUUUCUGGUGCUCUAUGCAUUGGACAGCCCUGGCCUGGCCUGGCAAGAACCAUCUAUGGAGAUCAUCAAAGAUUUAUAGAUACUUAUUUCAAAAUGUAUCCAGGUUAUUAUUUCACAGGGGAUGGUGCCUAUAGAUCCUCAGAGGGGUAUUAUCAAAUAACAGGGCGGAUGGAUGACGUCAUAAAUAUCAGCGGUCACAGGCUUGGAACUGCAGAGAUUGAAGACGCCAUGGAUGAACAUCCGGCUGUGCCUGAAACAGCUGUGAUUGGUUACCCCCAUGAGAUCAAAGGAGAAGGUGCCUUUGCUUUCAUAGUGUUAAAAGAAGACACAGCUCAUACAGAGCGUGUUAAAGAAGAGCUCAGAUCUAUAGUUGCUUCCAAGAUUGCGAAGUAUGCUGUGCCUGAUCACGUUCUGGUGGUGAAACGCCUUCCUAAAACACGAUCUGGGAAAAUUAUGAGAAGGGUGCUGAAGAAAAUAGUCGCUGACCAAUCCAAUGAUUUGGGAGAUGUCACCACGCUGGAUGAUCCAAGCAUCGUCGCAGAAAUACUAGAUGCCUACCAGAAAUACAAAACCCAGCAGUCUGCAUCUUCAUAGGAAGGUCUUGAGUCUGUUUCCAAAAGAAAUUCAGAGGAACAUAAACAACUAUCCAGAUAAUUUUGCUUUUUCAUGGACUAUCAUCAAAUUCUGCUCACUCCUAAGAGAACAAAAUGAUUCCUCUCACAAUGUACUAUAAUCUAUCAUAGACCACGGUAUACAGCUGCCUUCUCUUUCCUUGGGAACCAUGGAAUACACACUGUGAAGCAUCGUAUGUUAAGAACCUUCUGAACAAGUGCCUGACUAAAUUUGCCAAAACUAAGUGUUUUCACACUAUUUUUAGGGAAAGUGUAUAGCAUCCUUUUUAGGUUUCCACUAGCUGCAUUAAAAAUAAACAGCUAGUAAACUGUU